GUGGCGUACGAUGAGGACGAUCGGUGCCCGGGGCGUUUGGAGUUGUUCCUACCACUCUUGUGAUCACUCUCUCGUGACACCGAGCGGACGUCACUCGGCCGCUGAGUGUCAUGACGUUACGACGCUGCGUUAGGCCCAUCGCGCGUCUCGGCAGUUGACGACAUCCGCUCCUCGCGUGUGCGCCGCGCGUACGUCGUUAUCCUCCCGUCGUGCAGCUCGCGAUGAGCGUUGGCAACCUCUGAGAACGCAAUCCAAGACUCAGCGAUCGUCAGCCCGCCGCUUAAAUGGCUCUGCGUAUAAUGUCAGCCAUAGUGCCGAGUACACACAAUGUGACGGAUAACGAUCACGUGAGCGAGAAGCAGAAGCUGCUGGAGGAGCUGUUGGCCGCAGCGAAAAACUGCCAUGUCCGGUUCGGAGGACGCGCGGAACUAGCCACCGAGUCCGAAACGUGUGUGGCUCAGCUCUGCCACAUAUUCGAGUUGAUAUUCUGCCAUGGGAUCAAGACGAAUUGCAUAGAGAAGAUCAACUCGGCGUUCAGACACGUGUCGGACCUGGUCUCCGGCGGUAACGCGAAGCCUGGUAGCGCUGCCUAUGCGGCGUUCUGGCCGUGCAUAAAGGAGCAGCUCACCUGGCACGAGCAGGAACGCUUCAGCGUGUUGCGGAAGGUGCACACGGAUUACGGCCGCGGCCGAGCGUGGCUGAGAGCGGUCUUGAACGAGAAGUCCCUGGAGCGGCAUUUGCACGCUAUCAUAGACCCCGGCACACUGUCGCCCUUCUACGAGGAAUGGGCCUUCUUGCUCGAUCAAGAGAAGAGCUCGGUGUUGCCGAACGUAGCAGCAGGCCUCGGUACAAUUUUAUUCGCGAUAAGGAUAGACAACGAGGAACUCGACGACUGCCUGAAAGCGAAGGGAAUGGACAGAAGCAGGGCCGUGCAGUCGGAGCCGGUUAUCCCCGCGUUGAUCCCAGGACCUCCCACGUCUCAACACGAAAAAAAGAAAGUACCGGUCCACAUAAUCUCCUUCGACGAUGACGAGGGGAGGGAUGAGCGGAAGGAGACCACGACUUCGAUGAGCGCUCCUGCGACGUGCCUGAGUUCUCCCACUGCGACGUCGACUAAGGACUCUAUCUCUCCUUGCUUGGACCAAGUUUCUGAGCCUCAACUCGACUCCAAUGAUAACACGGUAGACAAUACGAAGUUCCCCGAAUGGGAACAAUGCGAGUCUUUCGAGGAGGAGAAGAUUUUAACCCCCGUGACGGAUGCUGGAAACUUGGGCGGCCUUGUACCUGUGUCACCGCUUGAUCAAACGUUGGACGAUAUGUUAGUCACUCUGCCAAAUUACUUGGACGAUUCGUCGGAAGUGACGGAAGCGGCGAUGGAGGCCACGGAGCCGUUAGUCGGCUUGGACUUCCACGUGGACCCGGAGAAUUUAGAUAUAGAUACCUUACGCGUGAGGCUUUUAGCUAUGACGGAAGUGCUGGAGCAAGCCAGGGAAGACGCCAUAACGAGCAGAUUACAACUGGCCCGCUUCCAGAGGCAACAUCAGCAUUAUUUAGAAAGGCACGAGUUGCAGUUGCAAACAUUAAACAGGGAGAACGAACUCUUGCGGCAACAGUUGCGCAAAUACGUCACCGCUGUCCAGAUGUUGCGGAGGGACUCCGAUUCCACCACUAUGUCCGAGGAGGACCCGUCGUUGGAUUAUCACAACGAGGCGCGGCAAUACGAAGAGAAGUUGAUACAGGUCGCGGACAUGCACGCCGAACUGAUGGAAUUCAACGCUAGGUUGACGUUGCAGCUGACAAGCAGGGACAGGUUAGUGAAGAUGCUGCAGGCGGAACUGGAAUGCUUGCGAGGCCCGUUGAACGAGGACGACUUGCCUUCGGAGCCACCCUGUCUCAUUCACAUAUGGAUUCCGUCGGCAUUUCUCACGGGACAGCCAUCCGAUAUUCAUCACGUGUAUCAAAUUUACGUACGCAUAAGGGAUACCGAGUGGAACAUUUACCGACGGUACGCUCAAUUUUACGCUCUCUACCGAGAGCUGAAGAAACACGAUGCUAUCGUUACUACUUUCGAAUUUCCGCCAAAGAAAACAAUAGGAAAUAAGGACGCGAAGUUCGUCGAGGACAGACGGCAAAAGCUGCAGCAGUGGUUGCGGCGGGUCGUCGGCCGGGUGGCGCAAUGUUCCCCCGCGUUCUCGUGCAGGCCGAGCAGGCAGACCCUCGUGUCCCUGAUGCCUUUCUUCGGCGAUAGCCCCAAUGCCGAGGAGUCGAGGAAAAAUAAUUCCGCAAGAAGUACUUUCUCUUCCUCCCCUCAAUACAUGGGUUUAUAAUCAUGACAAUUUUUUAUAGACAAUUUGUACAUACGUGGAAAGGAAGAAAGACACCUUAAUUAUUUAAUUACCUCUCUCGAAAACGAAGAAUCUUGUUACAUGCGGCGGUAUUGUUGACGAUUCAAGAGAAGGGCGCGCGCACGCGCUCCACUGCAUGCGUUUAUAAUGUAUAUAAAAGUACACCCAUACACACGCGUGUGUGCGACACCUGUAUGACACCGGCAUGUGUAUGCGUGUGGACGUUAAUAUGUAGCGUAUAGACAAUUAUAAAAAUUGGUUCUAUUUCCUUUUUUAUGAAAAUAAUAGCUCAUGGUUUUUAACGUUUCA